AUGCGCUCUGGGACAAACCCGUUUCGGCGCGCGCAGGUGCCGCCGAAUACGUCAAUCUCUACACCGGUCACCGCGCCGCACAUUCAACCAAUAGAGCUUGAUUUGACACCGCUUCGUGCGCAUUAUCUCAAAAAGACGCUGGUUUCUCUUCAGUUGGAAGAAGAAUUAAAGGCAAUUCACCGCCCUGAUGUGCUUGAACUACUUGGCCCGCCAUUCCGUAGCUCAAAACGAAUACAGAAUGACGAGUUGCCUUUGUUUCGUCACAUAUUGCACCAAUUUGUGCUCACGUUCCCAUUUUUCCAGAGUGCAUCACCAGACUUUUUCUCCAACAAAGUGCAGCUUUUUGUGGAACGCAUGCUGGAGCGAAACCUUAUUGUCCUGGAUGAGUUUGACAACAGUCAUCAUUCAUCGUCGAUGGUGCAGAAAACAAAAGCGUACUUGACCAUGCUCUUGAGUUCUGGUUUGCAUGCACAGGGCGUCGAAGAAGAUAUUGUUCGCAUCUGUGAAAAUGACCGCCAACGCCUUUCAUCUUUAGAUGCUCGUCGACAUGCCGCGCAAGAUCCUGGACAUGCAUUCACGACAAAAGUCAACAUUGUUUGUGUCCGACGAACGCUAAGUCGUGGUCGAAUUCGCCACAAGACCCUUGAUGACUUUAUCAUUGCCACUCAUUUGAACAAUGACGAAAUUUACGUAGCAAGACGGUACAAGGAUUUCCGUCAACUACACCAACAGCUCCGUGCUCUUUUUCCAACGGAGGAUCUGCCAGAUCUUCCUCCAAAAGAUAUGUCAUCCACGGAAGUGCAAGGAUCUCUCCAACCAGACUCGAAUGAAGAGUGGACGGACCUGACGGCCGUCACACCGAACUCGCUCGUACGCGAGACAAAUCGCUUGACGCUACGCGCGUUCCUGCGCAGCAUUCUGGCGGUGCCAUCUGUGGCUGAUAGUGAAAUAUUUCAGGAGUUCUUGACGGGUGAUCCGACAUUCCUAACGAGUGAAGACAAGGCAGAUGUCGAGAUUAGAAGACGAGCUGAUGCUGUUCGAGAGUCCCAGCAUCGAGAAUUUGCGGACAAAAUGGCUGAGCGAGUUCGUGACUUGCAGCUGCAUCUUGACUCGUUUAAGUCCAUGCUGAAGCAACCGGAUGGAUUGAGCCAUGUUUUCUCCACAAUCCGAGAGUGCGCCCAUGUCGAUGAGCUCCCACCAGAAUACAAGGUCCUAGUAGAUUGGGCGACUGUAUCCAUGGCUUCAGGUCUUUUUUCGAUGUUCGUCGGUCGCGACUCAUCAUCCCGCGCAUUUGCCCACCUGAAGUACAUGCACUCCAUGAUGCCUUAUUUUGUGAUUCGCAAUAUUCUUCGAAUCUCCAAUCCCGUCGCCAUGUUGCGCUCUUUUCUAGACUUGUUCCUUGCGCAGCCCUUUGGUCAAAAAAGCCUUUUGCAAAGAAUGUACACGGGUAAGCUGACUGAAGAAUUAAAUGAGAUUAAAGACCUGUCAGCGACUGUACGUGCCAAGAUACCCGAUCCUCUAUAUGCCCGUAAAGUACAAGAAUUUGUGGCUCUUCCCUACGACAUGCAGUGUCUGUUCCACGAGCAAGCAAAUGCCGAAAAAAAUGACAUACUUACGGUUCUUCUUCGCUCGCCUUUGACUGCCGAACUAAACACCCAGCAAAUGGAACAAGUUAAUCGAGCCAAUAUAGCGUACCGGCGUUUGAGGCGACAGAGGGCACAUGCUCAUUCACUCGGCGUUCCCGAGCCUGAGCCCAACUCAGAUGAUGCAUGGCUGUUAGAGGACCUACAUGUGUACCUUAACUUGUGUUCAGCUAUGCACAUUAAGGAACAACUCAUUGGUUUGAUCUACGAUCACGCAACUACUGAUUUACUUAAAGACAUGGUGACGAUCUUUUAUGCGCCUCUCGCGCAGGUAUAUCGUGUAGCCAAUAUCAGUGACACGUUGGGCGAGAUUCAAGUGUUCAUUUCUGAUCUGAUUAAAACUGUCGAUGACCACACAGCUCUGCAGGCUUCUAAUCCUGAUGCGAUGGUAAGUGCGUUUGUUAACUUGGUCCAGCGACAUCAACAAACAUUUUACCAUUUCGUGCAUCAGGUCCACUCGAAGGGGUCCGAUCUCUUCCAGCGUCUUAUUCGAUGGGUUGAGCUCUUUGUCAAUUAUGUGCGAGAUCCGCGCGAGCCAGAAUCUUGUGGUUUAGGAUGGAUCAAUCUUGAGCAAUGUCUUACUGACAGCCGCGUAGAUCGUGCUCGUGUCAUGGCCGAAGUCGAUGAAGUGAUCCGAUUUGUAUACCACCGCAAACUUCAGCGAGAAAUCAAGCGCCGGCGCAAGAUGGCUCGUAAGGUUGUUUCAGGUGCAGCUGACACUCCUCAAGAAGAGCAAGCAUUUAUGAAUACCAUGACAGAACAGUUUGGCUUUGGUACAGGCCUGCAGGAUGAGAUCGAAGAGCUUGACAAAUCGGAAUUAGAAUCAGAAUCAACCGACUCGUCAGACGAUGAUUCAGGGCCUGAAGAUGCCGAUGCUUCAGCCAUUCGACGUGAACGAGUUGCUCAUGCUCGCACGACACCAUCAACACCUGACUUCUAUUCGUCCGAACCGAGCACUCCGACGAUUCGAGCUAUGCUGCCGACACUACAGAGAGUUUUGCGAGACAAGAUAAACUCUCGUACGAACCCCAUUUGA